GCUCCCUGUUCACUCAGUGGAUAGACAACCAAAACAACGCGCCACCCGCAAGCAACACAAAUCAUGCCCAAUCAACCUGAAAGAUAAACGGUGAACAAGGAGGCCUCCACAAAGGAGAAACUGUGUAACUCACAAGCCCAUAUCCCACCACACCUGCUCUUAUUGCUCGCCGACUAAGGUGGGACGAGCAAACAAUGCAUACUGGAUCCACAAAGAACGCCCACAAAAGAAGGAUGCGGCCAAAGCAUACGUAUGCAGCCAACGUGGCAAUAAGCGAAGGAUUGCCAGGAUAUGGGCAGUCUGUUCCGUAAUAGACGCAGUCCAGUCCCCCUCUCUCUCCUAAGAUGAUCCACUCUAAAUAAUCGCCUCCUCCUCUACGCGUGUUGAGUGCUGUUAUUUAUCCAAACAAACCCGCCGAUCAGUCGCGUCUUAUGGUUGGUUGUUCUCCUUGGUUGAGAAGUAAGGGUAGUGGGAGCGUCGUCGCGAGCGCCAGUGCUGUUUAGGCUCUGAUUGGAGAUUCCAAAGUUUUCACGGUUGUUAGGUUCCAACUCAGGGAUAUGAUGCAAGGCCGGCACCAGUGGCAAUCGGCUCCAUUUGGACGCGAACGUGAACUUGGUAUAUCAUUACGCGCCAAAGUCCUCGCUGAAGCGUGUCCAUCUGGCGUCAGGGGGCACCUAGCAAGUCGCCCGUGCGAGCUCACGGCCAUUUUCGUGGGAAUCUUGGCUAUAGACGCUUGAAAAGGGAGGAUGUGCUUGCCUGUGGAAACCUGUUCCCAUGAUUCUGCCGUAAUGUAUUGAGAUCGAUUUCUUUAAUCUCUAACGCUGUUUUAGAAACAAUUCUGUCCGUUUUGUCAUUCCCAACAAAAGUAUCGACCCGUCAAACACACAGCUACGUCUCGAACCAUGGAUUGUGCAACAUUUGCCGUAUACCACGACGUCGACCAUUUCGAUGCUGGUAACCUUGCCGAGCAGGCAAGCCAAACCAGUUCUCAGUCUAGUGGAGGUAUCAACCUUCAUGAUCCACUUCAUCCUUUAUUGGUGGGAUCUUUUGUUGCUGCCUGGGGUGGGCCCGAAAAACCGACUGCGCAAAUGGAUGAAGACGAAGAUCUUCCUUUACCAUGGGGUCAACACUCCCUGAGCUCAACCGGCCAAAGUCAACUUUAUGGGCUCCAGCAGACAGCUAAUACGGAUCUUGCGCAAACCACCAUCUCCCUGGAAAAAGAGAAAGUCGGAUAUCCAGUUAUGGAUAUACGUUGGGCGAUGAGCCGCCAUACAAUUGCGAGGCCACCGACAAAACCCACCUGAAAGCAAAUUGUAAUGCUGGUGGUUGUACCCCAGUCAAUGCUGCUACCGCUACCGGCAGCCAAAGACUGUGUGGCAAGCUAUUGCACCCUGUCACAUCUGAAGCGCCAUCAGAAGAAACAUAGUAAAACCUUUGAUUUCACCUGUUUAAUAUGUCAAAAACAAGAAACCCGCAAGGACAAUUUUGCCAGCCACGUCUACAAACACACCAAAAAUAAUGGCGGUUAUGCAAGGAUCAAAUAUCACCCAAAGGCAGAAAAUUACUUAAAGUCCAUCAAGAACGGCGAACCUAUGGAGACGUUAAAGUGAUGACUUAUCGUGAUUAGAUCGGCAACUCACCCACGUGGGUCAGUCGUGAGUUGGAAGGCUAAAAAAUAUCCGGGUCAUGCAUCUAAGUUUUCGGGGAUAGAAGAGUGUAAAUGUUACGUCGUUUUGACCUUGUUGAUUUGAGUUUGGCCUACCAACUGUCGUCCCCCAAGGAGUUCUAAUUGGCUCAAAAUAAGGCAACGUUCCAAUACUAGCUGAAAAUCUUUAUUCGCCGA